AUGGACAGAACCCCGACACCGCUCAAGGCCAAGCGCCCAGGCGGCGCUCGUCCUAUCCCUGGCUCGCGCCCCUCCAGCAGCGGCAAUGGCCAGACCGGGUACAGCAGCGGCAGCAUGACCUCUGGCGGUCUUCCAAAACUGAGUAUACCAUCAGGUAACGUCCCUGGCAUGAACGUUGAUCAGGCGGGCCAAGGAGGGUGGCACCAAUCGUCCCCUCUUCCCUCUCUUGCUCUGCGCCCAAUGCGACCCUCUACCGCUCCUUCAUCAACGUCUCGCCCCAAGCUAUCCCUUCCCACACUGUCAUCGACCUCUCUGUCAAGCGGCACUCCCCCGCCGAAACCAUCAAGACCUCCUCUCCUCAGCGCCCCGUCAUCUGCACAAAGUUACGGCCAGAGAAGCGCCCCAAAUCUGAAACUUGCCAUACCUGGCAUGAACACUGCCGGACCAGGCUUCUCAGCCGGCCACGACUAUCCAGUGGAACCGGCUGAUGACCCUGAUUCGCUCGCAUCUGCACUCAGAACGCCCAUAGCCCGCGAUAGCCUCAGUCUGAACAUGUCCUCGUUAUCCCUGUCUUCAAACUCGGCGGAAGAUACCAACCCUACUCUCCAAGCUCGGGGCAGAGACUAUGAUGGCGAUGGAGAGUCCUCGUACGGCUACGGUCGGAUGGGCAACGGGCUGGAAGACCCUGGAGGCGAUGUCCUGAGCGCCAUGACGGAGGAUAUCCGCCAGGCGCUGAAUAGGAGCAGAUUCGACGAGCGCAGUAGUGGGAGAAGCAGAGCGGGCAGUAUGAAGAGUGUCGCCAGUAAUGACGACAACAAGAGUACGCCCGGGCGUUCAUCUGUCAGUAUGAGUGGACGCAAUCGCUCUGAUUCUGGAGCUGGAUCCAUUUCAGGCCGAGCAUCUAGGCCGCACUCGUCACAGGGAGGUCAUAUCCCCCCAAACAUAGUCGUGGCUGCGCAACCUGUGGGCUGUGACGAGGAAGCCAAAAAGUCGCCCGUCUUCCAGCCGGAAGAUCUACAGCUCAUCAAGCGACUUGGGGAAGGAACCGGAGGAUCUGUAGACUUGGUGCAAGAUAGGCGGACUGGGAAAAUCAUGGCCAAAAAGGUGAUCACACGCACAGCAAAUCCUGCGAUCCACAAACAGCUUCUCCGUGAACUUGAGAUCCUGAACUCGUGCGAUUCCCCAUACAUUGUCGACCACUACGGCUCCUUCUUGACCGACCUCAAUUCGUCCAUUGGUAUUGUCAUGGAGUAUUGCGAAGCUGGAAGUCUUGAUUCCUUGCUGCAAAACAUGAAGAAAAAGAACAUGAGGUGUUCUGAGCAUGUCUUGGGAAGAGUCGCGUCUUCGGUGUUGAGAGGUCUGGACUAUCUCCAUCAACGACGGAUUGUCCAUCGAGACAUCAAGCCGUCCAACAUUGUCGUUACAAAAGGAGGUGCCAUCAAGCUAUGUGAUUUCGGCGUCAGUGGCGAGCUGGUCGAGUCUCUUGCGGGCACCUUUACCGGUACCAGUUUCUACAUGGCUCCUGAGAGGAUCCAAAACAAGCCUUACUCUAUCAAAGCCGAUGUCUGGUCUCUGGGCAUGACCUUACACGAGAUUGCCCACCUCCGAUUCCCUUUCCCCGCUGAGGGCGAAGACCAGAAUGUGGCGCCGAUCGAGCUGCUCUCCUACAUUGUGACCGCUCCUGUGCCUGUCAUGGUAGACGAUCCGAGCGUGGGGAGGGUGUGGAGUGACGUUAUCAAAGACUUCAUGGCUCAAUGUCUGAUAAGGUCUGGCACGGACCGCCCAUACCCCUGGCAACUUCUUCAGCACCCAUUCAUCAUCGCAAGCGAGGCCAAAAAGGUCAACAUGGCUAAAUGGGUCGCUGCCCUCUGCGGCUGGCCUCUGCCUUGA